ACACAGUUUAAAUAAAACGCAAACUUAGAGCUCUAAUCAUUACUAGAAAAAAUUUAACAAACUUAAUUUGAUAUUUUGUUAAAUGUUUUAUUCACCGGCGAUGCGCAAACGCCGAUAGUUUUUUACUCAAGGGCUUUAUACCAAUUUUCCUUUUUAUGGGCAAAUACUUGGAGAGUUCGAAGCUUCUGACUCCCAAUCUGAAUAAUGAUAGAAGUUAGUUUAUAAAUUUAAAAAAAAACACUCAAAAAAUCAUCUUAGACAAAACAAAAAAAACCCAGAUAUCCUAAUAUCGAAUGGUGUCUAUACCAAAAAAAAUCUCAUAAAACUUGAGGCGAAUUAGUUGUCCAGUUAUUUAUAAUUUUAAUUAUCAUUUAAUUAUAAUUUAAAUUAUUAAUUACAAUGAAGAAGCACGCCGACUAUUUUGUGUACAAUCACCCGCCAGAGGGCUUUGAUGAGGACAAAUUGCGCAGUUUUCUGCUGACUGCUUUUGUGGGCAGUGAACCCAUUGUGAAGUCAUUACUUCUUCAGGGAGAGAUCAACUUGCCAUCUCUCGAACUCUACAUCAACAACAUGGUUGAGAAGUUGCGGGACAGACAGAGUACAAUUCUGGCCACAGAUGAGAUCUCUGGCGCACUAGUGGGUUGUUGUGUGGCCUUCACGGCCAGACAAGGCAAGAGUCUCCUGGAAGACAUCCUUCAACUGUUCCCCAUUGACAUGAAGAUCCACUACGACUUAUACAACAAUCUAUUUAAGGGCGUGUCUCUGUCUUCGAGUGGAAAAGUGCCGGUGGUGGUGUUGAACGUGACUGUGAGUCCAGUAUUCAGACAUCAGGGAGUGGCCACUAAGAUGCUGGAGACACUCAUCUACAACUGGAAACAGGCAAAACAAGUCAACUCAGUUUAUGUAGUUUCCACUGGUAACGGUUCACAUCACGUGGACAGGGUGGGGACUGGGGCGGUAGGGACCCCUACUGGGAAACAGGAGGAGAGGGAGAAGAAGACAAGUCUGCCAAAGAACCAGCAGCAGCUCCAUUUCAGCCACCAGCUGUUUCUCAAUCUGGACUUCGUUCCUCUGCACAGGGUAGACUACAGAAAGAUCAAUGCAAACCCUCAACUAUUCUCGCCUCAUCUCAAAGAAGGUCUACUUCACACCGAGCAUCAUUCGGGGAUGACACUCUAUCACAAAGUACUUAAGCAGAAAAAACACAAGCCACGUGAUGCAGUUGACGGAGGGGGGACCACAGGCAGCGGAGAGGGGGACGUGUCUGGGGCAACGAGUGCCAGGACUAGCGCGACUACUCGGCACCCGAAAAUAUCAGUCAUACCUCCUACAAGUAACGCGGGAACUGCAAUGAGCAGUAUGAGAUCGGCUGCAAGCACCAUGAGAACAAAUGAACAAUCUUCGUCUGGUUUGAACACGAUAAACCAAUCAAUGAAAUGAAGAAAAAACGCGUGGAAACUUUCAUUGUUAUCUUUUGAACUGUACUACCAUCAUUUCAUUUUUUAUAUUUCAUUUGUACUUAACUUAUUAUUUUCCAUUAUAUCAGGAUGGUUCUUAUUUGGAACAAAAGUACUUGACCAGAGCUUUAAGAGA